AUGAAGAUCCUCUCCCUCCCUACCGAAAUCCUGAUCCAAAUAAUCGAACAUGUAAACUGGACAGACCACUUCACCCUCUCAACCGUCUCCCCAGUAUUCACUUCAGUCCUGCAACACGCUCCCUUCCGUCGAAAACGCUACUGCGAGGAAAUAUGGGAUGAUAAUGAAAAGAUAGAUGUUCUCGACACCAGUUUUCGAAGAUUUGAUCCAGAUGAAGUUAGAUACUGGCCCGAUGGACCUGGGUGGAGGUCCGAAUUGGGGUUACACGGGUUAUUGACCGCUGGCAGGUUUUUGUUAAAACUUGAGAGAGGGGGGAAGAGGACGAAUUUUCUAAGUACGAGAAAUAGGUAUCUCGGGAGAGAGUUGGAGAGUGAGGGUUUUAACAAGUUGGAUCCGAUGAUGAAGGCGUUGGAGAUGCAGUGGGUUGGGACAUCAACGAUGGAUAUAUCGAUGGAUCUACUGGCGGAAGAUCGACAGUAUUUGAAGAGUGAGGAACUGGACUCUGAAGCGAGUUUUGAAAGGAAUUCUCGUAAGAGAGAAGGGGGAGAAGGAGAUGUGGAUAGAUCUCCGAGGGGGGGUUAUUCACACGUAGGAACUUUGGAUUUCGUUCGAGACAGCGAUAUCAAUCAAGGAGAUGCCGUUGAACAAGCACUCAGGGCGGGGAAAUCAUCGGUCUACGACGUAGUUGGGAAAUACCCUCAAAUUAUUCGGGUUAAACAUCCCGUAUACUUCACUGAUGGAGGGGUUAAGACUUGUUACUUUGAUCGUGGGUCUGAUCGGUAUUGGACUAUUCAUAUACCGUGGGGUGGACCUGGGAGUAGUGUGAAAGAUUUCAUUGAUACGAUAGCGGAAGGGUUUACGAGAGAGAUUCUCGAUCGGAAUGAGGAGCUACUCGGAUGUUGGGUUAAAUUUUGUCAGUAUAGUUUCUUUCCUCGGCCGGAUCAUCUUGAUCGGGUCCAUCCGCGGUGGAAGAUAUUCUUGGACGUCCUGGUGGUUAGAUAA